UGUAAGGUCUUGAAAGAUCCUGACAAAACUUAAACGUCUUCAAAGAUCCUGGCAGCACUGUAAGGUCCAUGAAGGGAUUUAAGGUCUUCAAAGAUAGAAGCAGGAUUUGUAAGGCUCUAGCCAUAGUAACUAGAAAGGAAAGAAAAUCACAGUCCUCGGUUUGUCCUGUUUACGUCAGUGGUCUUCGUUAGGUAAAGUUCUUGUGUGGGAUUGUGACUCACAUCCUGGCCAGUAAGUCUUGUCUUUGUAAUGCGUUACCGUCAGUCGUGCUCUCCCUUUUCAAAUGGAUAGUCAGGUACUGUUGCUAUAUCCCUAGUUAAUGACAAUGUCAGUCGACUGGUAGCACGUCGCAGGUUUUAGAGAUUCGUAUGAAAAGAGCAAAGCUAUACAACUCAUCAUGCAGCAGAUGACUUAUUUGAAGAUUGUCUUGUUCAGUGUAACGAUGUGCUUCCCUCUUGUAAAAUGUCAGUUGUCUCGUGCAAGUCAAAUUAGUCAGCUCCAGAAAGAACAGCGGCAAUCGCUCAUUUCUAAAGGCAUUAGUGAUCAGAGAGCAAAUCAAGAUCUGUCAGUGACUGUCUGGGAUAAAGGCAAACGUGAAGUCAGGAGCAAGAGAGAAAGUGAGACGAAUUGCACUGUGGUUGAAUCAUCAAGAGAGCUGGGGCUUCACAUGAUUAAAGAAGUCAAAUUGUCCCAGUACAAAUUCUUCAUAAAGCCAGAACCAGAAUUUCGUAAACUUGUAUUUCAUAUGAAGAUCGAUAAUCUAUGGAAUGUGGACGAUCCCUAUGUCACAUAUGAGAACCUCGAUCUUAACAACUGGGAACUGGAGAAUGUCUCGCACAGCCCCUGGAAAGAAAUCGAAGUGAAAUAUUACAGACAUGUGAGAUCCGGCAGAGAUAAACAUGGUCUACAAGUGAGUGUGGGGAAGCUGUCUAAAGCUAUGAGUUCCAGUCCGUGGUGGCGGACCCACAACUACGAGGGCUUUGUGGUCUUUAUAGAAGGUCCGGCCACGAUACAGUUUGAUUGCUUCCCUCCAGAAUAUGCCAUGUCGUCUUUGUCCAUGCAAGCUAUGCGUAAUCCAGUGGUGCUUGGAAGUUUAUUGGGCAGUGUGUUUCUGGUGUUGGUUGUGCUAGCUGGGGUGUUGAUCAUUAUGACCAGACGCAAACACAACCAACACCCAGACUAUCCUCCACCUGUACCUCCAUUACCCAAGUCUAGGGUAAGUUAAAAUUACGUUUAUUCAAGGUUAAUCCAGUGAAUAUAAUGAUGUUUAUUACAGACAGCAUUAUUAAUGACGCGUUAAG